AAACAGUCGUUUUGUCGUCACUUUGCGCCCCUCUGCUUUCUCCACUCCACGCUCACGCUCCUCACACCUCACCUGCUCUGUUUCUGCUCUCAGCUUCACUCAACCUUUUUUCUUACCGUUUUACCCUCCGCUGACGCCCUAAUAUCCUCUCUAACCACCACCACAACCCCCAAGCAAACACACGCAACAGAAGCAUAACCUUUCUUCUUCACGAGAAAAUUCAGCUGAAGCGUCGUCGUUUUCGAGCUCAAAAGCAAACCCAGCUGGGCUCUCUUUUGAAAAUAUCUACAGCAAUGUCUGUGGCUACAAAGCUUCAAUCUUCGAUUUGUGAGCCCCGAGCUGUACUCGGUCCCGGCGGGAACAGAGUUAGGGUUUCAGAGGCCCCGAAACGCAAGAACGAGGGCUUGAAGAAGCCACCGCAGAGGCCGACAAAACCUGUAUCGGAAAUUCCAGAAGCGGUUGUACGGAACAACUUUUCGGUGGACAGCACCUGCUCUUCUGAUACCUCGUCGAGUUGUUCAUCUGCCAAAACGGUGAGUCCUAGAAGGACUGUAAGGCACAAGAGCUUGAGGCCUGCGAAGCUUGUUUCGGACGAUAUGGAGGUCGUCAAGCCCGCGGGUCCACCUAAACGGUGUGAAUGGAUUACACCGAACUCUGACCCAGUUUAUACUUGUUUCCACGAUGAAGAAUGGGGGGUUCCAGUUUAUGAUGAUAAGAAGCUGUUUGAGUUGCUCGUCCUUUCACAAGCUCUAGCCGAACUCAGUUGGCCAGAAAUUCUACACAAGAGAGACAUGUUCCGGAAACUUUUUGACAACUUUGAUCCGUCAUCCAUAGCAAAGUUUGAAGAGAAGAAGCUACAGUCUCUCAAAGUAAAUGGCAUUCCAUUGCUAUCUGAACAAAAGCUUCGUGCAGUUGUGGAGAAUGCUAUGCAAAUGCUCAAGGUUCAGCAGGAGUUUGGUUCCUUCAGUAACUACUGCUGGAGCUUUGUGAACCACAAGCCAAUAAGAAACGGAUUUCGUUAUGGACGCCAAGUACCGGUGAAGUCGCCAAAAGCUGAAGUCAUAAGCAAAGAUUUGAUGAAGAGAGGCUUCCGUUGUGUUGGUCCUACUGUCAUUUACUCGUUUAUGCAAGUGGCAGGGAUUGUGAACGAUCAUCUCCUAACAUGCUUCAGAUACAAGGAGUGCGAUGCAAAUGACAAAAAAUUAGACCUGAAACUUAAGAUGGAAGAGAAGACGGAGGUGCUAAAACUAAGUGAAGCUAUGGAGAUUGGAGAGCACAAAUGACAGACAGACUUUGUUACUAAUUACACAAAUCCACAUAAUUAGAAAUUACUGUAAGAAGGUAAAAAGUAGAUGUUUUCCAUUUUUACUUUGUAGUCGUUGCGUGCUUUUCUCAUGCCACUGUCUGUGUCUGUGUCAUUAAACUAACCAACCAGAAAAGCAUUGUCUUAGACUCUUACCUCUAUGUAAGAAGCUGAUGCUUUGUAGAGAUCAGUGUGAGUUGUCAAAUUUGCUGCCUUAUCGUCAUUUUGGUGUCUUGUAAUAAAUAUUCACAUUAUCAUAGAAAAG